UCCUGCUUGGCCUCCAGUGGGACGGGACGGAACGGGCUUGCCUGGGGGAGACCUGUGCUGGGUUCAGAGCUAUGACAAGAGCUGUGGAUAAGGAAGGAGAGCCCAACAGGGCCAUCACAGCUUCUGAAGAGAUAAAGAAGGAGGAAAUGGAAGAGAGAGGCCAGUGGAGUAGCAAAAUGGAGUUUGUGCUGUCUGUGGCUGGGGAGAUCAUUGGUCUGGGUAAUGUGUGGAGGUUCCCUUACCUCUGCUACAAGAACGGUGGUGGAGCCUUCCUUAUCCCUUACCUCAUCUUCCUCUUCACCUGUGGGAUCCCCCUGUUCCUCCUGGAGACAGCACUGGGGCAGUACACCAGCCAGGGAGGGGUCACUGCCUGGAGGAAGAUCUGUCCCAUCUUUGAAGGAGUUGGCUAUGCCUCGCAGGUCAUUGAGUGCUAUCUGAAUAUCUACUACAUCAUCAUCCUGUCCUGGGCACUCUUCUACCUGUUCAGCUCCUUCGCUGCAGUGCUACCAUGGGCCAGUUGCAAUAACGCCUGGAACUCAGAUCUCUGUGUGGACAUUCUGAAUAGCUCCAGCCUGGACAACAGGACCUUGCCUGCGAACGCCACCUCCCCAAUGAUUGAGUUUUGGGAGAAGCGAGUCCUGGGGCUCACGGAUGGUAUUCACAAACUGGGCACUGUGCGCUGGGAGCUGGCUCUGUGUCUCCUGCUGGCGUGGAUCAUCUGCUACUUCUGCAUCUGGAAAGGGGUGAAGUCCACAGGCAAAGUGGUUUACUUCACGGCCACCUUCCCGUACGUGAUGCUUAUCAUCCUGCUGGUGCGAGGCGUCACGCUGCCGGGUGCUGCCGAGGGGAUCAUCUUCUACCUGAAGCCGGACAUUUCCAGACUGGCAGACCCACAGGUCUGGAUGGACGCAGGAACUCAGAUCCUCUUCUCUUAUGCCAUCUGCCAGGGGUGCCUGACAGCUCUGGGCAGCUACAACAAAUACACCAACAACUGUUACAGGGACUGCAUCAUGCUCUGCUUCCUGAACAGUGCCACCAGCUUUGUUGCUGGCUUUGCCAUUUUCUCUGUGCUGGGCUUCAUGGCUCGAGAGCAGGGUGUACCCAUUGCAGAAGUGGCUGAAUCAGGUCCUGGCCUGGCUUUCAUAGCAUAUCCAACGGCAGUAACGAUGAUGCCCGUGUCCCAGCUCUGGUCCUGCCUCUUCUUCCUCAUGCUGAUCUUCUUGGGACUGGACAGCCAGUUUGUCUGUGUGGAAAGCAUGGUGACUUCUCUUAUUGACAUGUUCCCGGGAGUGUUUCGGAAGAAGGGGCGUCGGGAGCUGCUGAUCCUGGCCAUUGCAGUCAUGUGCUACCUGCUGGGAUUAUUGCUGGUCACUGAGGGUGGGAUGUACAUCUUCCAGCUCUUUGACUACUAUGCUGCCAGCGGCACAUGCCUGCUCUUCCUGGCCAUUUUUGAAGUCAUCUGUGUAGGAUGGGUGUAUGGUGCCAACCGCUUCUACGACAACAUUGAGGACAUGAUUGGUUUCCGGCCAUGGCCCUUGAUCAAGAUAUGCUGGCUGGUGUUCACUCCAGGUCUGUGCUUGGCUGUCUUCCUGUUUUCCCUGAUCAAGUACACGCCCUUGAAAUACAACAAUUCCUACGUGUACCCACCCUGGGGCUACGUGGUGGGCUGGCUGAUGGCACUCUCCUCCAUGGUCUGCAUUCCUCUCUACGCCAUCUUCAUCCUCCUGAAAACCAAAGGACCCCUGAAGCAGCGGCUAACGCAGCUGAUUUCCCCAGCGGAGGAUCUGCCGCAGCCGAAGAAGCGUGUGGCGGGGCUGUCCGAACUGAAGCGCAAGGGAUGGUCCCCUCCGGUCCAGGAGGUGCUCAGCAUCACGGAGAGAGAAACCCACUUCUAAGGCACCGGGGAUGUCUCCUCCAUACCCCGCACUGAUUCGCUCUCCCCUUCCCGAAGUGCUUUCUUUUCUCUCCUGGGCUCUUCCCUUCGCUCCUUCACGUCUGAGACAGAAGCACCGGGGACACCCUCUCCAGCUGGUUGCACCCACGGGGGACAGCAUUUCUUUUGACACUCUGGGGACAGCUCUCCCUGUCAGCAGCUGGGGAGAGAGCAACAUGCUUUGGUCAGAAGCGUCCUUCAGCACUGAUACUGGUGGGGAAGAGAAAAACAACGUGUUUACAAAAGAAGAAAAGAUAAAAAAAAAAAAAAAAAAAGCAGUUAUGUUGGGAGGAGGAAAGGAAACCACAGUGGUGAGAGGGAGCAGAGAAUAAAGGUGUGCAGGAGCAAAGUUAGGGAUGCAAAGGCACAAAACGAUGGGGUUUUAGCGCAGGGAAUAAGUAAGUUAGUUCAGAAGUACAUAAGCUAGAGGAUGACAAAGGAAAGUGCAUUGCUAGGUCACGUACGAAUGAGGGAGAGGGAGCCAGGGACAUAUCAUAGGCAAUGAUAAAAGGAGGCUGCAGCGUUAGUAGUUACGGCUUCAGUUGUCACUAAAGGGGAAGAGAGCGACAGGGCGCUCGAUGCAAUCAUAGGUAUGGAUGAUGGAUCUCAGGGCAGUCUCGGGCUGGAAAGGGGGUGAGGAAUAGCUAUCUAGGGGACUCGCUCUUGGUCAAAACUACACGGCCCAGUGCAAAUGCAUCCAAGAGUGAAACGGCUGAAUAUUUGACAAUUCUUUCAGAAAAUUCAUGGAGUGCAGGAAAGGUCCCAGAGCAGUUGGUAUAAAAAUUGAGCUGCAGCACAGCAGGGAGAAAUUAGACCCUGGGGACUGCACGCCCACAAAUUUAACUGCACUGUUGGGGCAUUUUGUAGAGGAAUUAAUGAAGGAGUUGAUGGGCCUGAUUCUGUGCUGCAGAGUAGCUUUGGGGCGAAGGUAGGAGAAGAAUUAUGCUUCCUUGUCUUUGCUGCAGAUGACUGCUCAGGGGAUAAGGAAGAAAUAAUCGGGUGCCAUAAUCAUAAGGUCAGGCAAGAUAAAGCAAUAAUUAAUAGGUAAGAUGGGUUCAUUGGAAGCAGGCUGCGUCAUAUUAAAGGUCUCUUGUUGCCUGGGUAGUCAUGAAUGUGAGGCGAUGGCUGAGAGGGAUUGCGCUCGGAUGCGGUGUUUGGUGCAGUGCCAGACAGCUCUGUCCUGUGGAGGCCGGGGCUGUAAUACUCCCAGCCAAAACCUGCUUGAAUGCCUAUCAGAAUUUCACGGCUAAAACCACAGGAAAAGCCAGUGGUAGGAUCCCCCUCCGGAGCUUUGUUGUGGUCGAGGGUACACGCGCCGGUGCAUGGCUGUGUUGCAAUAGUGGCGCAACAAACCAAGCCAAGAGAAUGGCUAUUAAAAAGAAUCAGAGAUGC